AUGUCUAUGCCGACGUCUCCGUCGGUUUCUCGAGCACCUAAUCUAUCCCCUGGGCUGCAAGGUCAAACUCAUCCGACUAAGUCUAUCACCACAGUAUCCACGCCAUCACCACCUUCAGUCUCGGGUGCUACGACGCCUGUACAUCCGCCAGCUCCUGGGAGAUUAGCGUUCACAGCAGCACGAGCGUCUAAGUCUUUAUCACAUACCAAUCUUCAACAUUCUCUAUCGACUGAAGAUUCUUCAAGGCGAUUGCUCCAUGUACAGACUCAAGAUGAUAUAAAUCGUCCAGCGUCAACAAUUUCUGAUUUGACGGAAGAAUCUUCAGUAGCGCGGCUAAUGUCUUCGACUUCAAAUGCGCAACAAAAUCACAUUGAUCCGCAACGGCUGAUUAAUUAUCAGCACCAGGUCAAUGAGCGUCUCACGCAAGAAAAUGAAAUGCUUAAAAUGCAAUGUGAAGAGCUGAUGAAGAUUCUUCAAAAACGUGAUGAAAGUGUGAACAAGGAUCGUUCAAUGCUAAUGAAACGGAUCCACGACUUGGAAUCGGCGGCACAAAAGCAGUCAGAAGAGCAUGCCGCACAUGAAUCUUCCCUUAUCGAUACCCCUUCAGAACAUAAUGCAUUCAUUCAAAAAGUUCAGCAUGCGUUAAGUGUGCAUGAUGUACAGGCACUACAAGAAUGUGUGACAGAACUUCAGACUCAUAUACCGCAAAAUAACGUUUCUUAUCCUGAUUCCUCGCGACCCAAUUCGUCGUUUAUGCACAGUCACAGCAAUGCGUCCUGGCGCCAUUCCACACCAAGUCGAGUCCAGACUAUGGAGUCUUUGCGACGGUCCAUUACGUCUGCCUCAACAACACGUGAUGUGUCCAGUGUAGCCUCUGACCUCAGAAAUCUGCAAACAACGGUGCGCUCAUUGACAGAAGAACUUCACGGUGCACGCGUACAACUAGACACAGCUUUGUCGCAAUCUUCAGAGGCAAAUGCAAGUAAGUUACGUAUUGAAACACGACUUGCAUCUACAAUAGAUGAAUUGGAGCAAGUCAAGUUGCAUUUACAGCAGCGAUCAGAACAAUGCAAAGAACUCGAAGCUAUGCGAAGGGAAAUACCGCAAACGAACAUAACACUUGAACGAAGCCUGUUCAAAGCACAGCAAGAAGUAGCAAAAGCACAUGCAUUACAACAACAGGCUCAGCAGCAGCAGUUGCUCUUAGAAGAACAGCUUCGCUCAGCAAACCAUCGAUGCGACCAAGCUUCUGCGUCUGCGGACGAAGCACGGCAAGCGCGCACUGAAUGCGAAGCGCAGAUUGACGAGCAUCUAUCUCAGCUAUCUUCGUUGAAACAUUUACUUGCAGAACAGCAUGCCGAACUAGGGCGGCUUCGAGGAGAAAAGCACCAUCUGUGGACUGAGCGCCGCGAAAUUAUGGAGCAACUCAAUGUGUUUGAGCGAAGAUUGCGGGAAGUGCGUGCAGAAACGGAGCAGUAUGGCACAGAUGUUAAGGCUCUGCAGGAAAAAGAAGAUAUGCUGGCAUACCGUGCUAGCCAUAUGGAACAAGAAUGCGCAAAAUUGGUGAAGUCAUACGUGGCAGACAUUGUUCGAGAGUGGGAGCCGAAAAUAUGGGCUCUUGAAGAACAAUGCCGUGCGUUGAUAUUUCAAAAGGCAUACUUGGGGAAAGCCUUGCGAUCACAACAAUGGCUCACUGAACGCAUCAGUACUCAUUUAGAUGCUCUCACCCCAACGCUGAAACGAUACGUGCCAGCAUCCGUCCCACUAGCAUCUCCUAAAACACGGACAUGGCGGGCGGCCAUUCGAGCAGUUCAAUUUGUUGUACGUAUUACUCGUUCAUAG